GCGGCCGCAGGCACGCUCGGCGGGGCGGACUUGGGCGGCGGCGCGGGGAGAGCGGGGCGUGUGCCGCGCGCCCGACCGCCCUGCCGGAGUCCGGGGCGCGGCCAUGGGCCCGGGGCCCCCGGCGGCCGGAGCGGGGGCGCCCCCGCGGCCGCUGUCGCUGGCCGCUCGGCUGAGCUACGCCGUGGGCCACUUCCUCAACGACCUGUGCGCGUCCAUGUGGUUCACCUACCUGCUGCUCUACCUGCACUCGGUGCGCGCCUACAGCUCCCGCGGCGCGGGGCUGCUGCUGCUGCUCGGCCAGGUGGCCGACGGGCUGUGCACGCCCCUCGUGGGCUAUGAGGCCGACCACGCCGCCGGCCGCUGCGCCCGCUUCGGCCCUCGGAAGUCUUGGCAUCUGGUCGGCACCGUCUGUGUCCUGCUCUCCUUCCCCUUCAUCUUCAGCGCGUGCCUGGGCUGCGGGGGCCGCACCCCCGAGUGGGCCGCCCUCCUGUACUACGGGCCCUUCGUCGUGGUCUUCCAGUUCGGCUGGGCUGCCACCCAGGUCGCCCACCUCAGCCUCGUCCCCGAGCUCGCGACCAGCGACCACGAGAAGGUGGAGCUCACGGCCCUCAGGUACGCCUUCACCGUGGUGGCCAACAUCACCGUGUACGGGGCCGCCUGGGUGCUGCUCCGCCUGCAGGGCGCCCCCCACACGGACGGGGCCCCGGACGUCCAGGACCAGCUGGGGGUCCAGGACGUGCAGGUGUUCCGGAACCUGUCCCUGCUAGUGGUCGGGGUGGGAGCCGUCUUCUCGCUGCUGUUCCACCUGGGCACGAGGGAGGGGCGCCGGCCCCGGGCGGAGGAGCCGGAUGAGCACAGCCCGCUGCUGGCCCCCCGCACCGCCCAGCCCCUGCUGCUCUGGAAGCACUGGCUGCGGGAGCCGGCCUUCUAUCAGGUGGGCCUGCUGUACAUGAGCACGAGGCUCGUUGUGAACCUGUCCCAGACGUACAUAGCCAUGUACCUCACCUACUCGCUCAGCCUGCCCAAGAAGUUCAUCGCCACCAUCCCGCUGGUGAUGUACGUCAGCGGUUUCUGCUCGUCCUUCCUCAUGAAGCCGGUGAACAAGUGCAUCGGGAGGAACCUGACCUACUUCACGGGCCUCCUGGUGAUCCUGGCCUUCGCGGCCUGGGUGGCGCUGGCAGACACGUUGGGCGUGGCCGUGUAUGCGGCCGCCGUGCUGCUGGGUGCGGGCUGUGCCACCAUCCUCGUCACCUCGCUGGCCAUGACGGCCGACCUCAUCGGCCCCCACACGCACAGCGGGGCCUUCGUGUACGGUGCCAUGAGCUUCUCGGAUAAGGUGGCCAACGGGCUGGCGGUCAUGGCCAUCCAGAGCCUGCAUCCCUGCUCCCUGGAGCUCUGCUGCCGGGCCUGCAUCGUCUUCUACCGCUGGGUGAUGGUGGCUGUGACCGGCGGCGUGGGCGUGGCCGCCACCCUCUGCCUGUGCAGUCUCCUCGUCUGGCCCAUUCGCCUGCGCAGCUGGGACCCUGGAGCCCAAGCCUGACACGCGCCCCCCACGGUUGCUGUCCCGUGCACAUGAACUCUACAGGCCAGGCCGAGCUCUCCGUGUUCCCCCCUGCAACACCCACCCCUGCCCCCCACCCUCACCUGGCUGUGAGGGUGGCAGGUGAGGGCAGGGCGGUCAGCAGCCCCGACACUGAGCUUGGCCGCGUGGUCCAGGAGUGCGCCCAGCUCACCCCACACCCCAGGCUUGGUCGGGGUUUCCUAGGUGCUGCCUGGUCUCUGGAUGAAGUGUGUCAUUCCUGGGCCUGAUGGGAGUCUCAGGCUUGAGGGGUGGAGGGGGGACCCGAGUCCCACACCCUGUGCCCAGGCCACUGCUGAUCAUGAAUAAAAAGCCACCCAGCGGUGAA